AUUCUUACGGCACAAAACUAUUUCUGCUAUUAAUUAAGAAAAAUGUGGUAAUAGAGCCAAUUUUAUCAAGGCAUUUCAUGCUACAGUGAAGUGUCAACUUAUCAAAAGUGAUUUAACUGGAAAGAAUUGUAAUAUCAUUCGUAAACACUAAGGUCUCCAGUUAUAAACAUAACCUAAAAUGGCUAACAAAAUCUUAGGUCAAUUUUUGAGAAGUAGGCCGUCUAUGAUGAUGUUCACGCGAUGGGAGAGCUCGGAGCCAGAAAAACGCGUGACAAUCCACGAUCCUUUUUACUCACAGCCACAGAAAAACAAAGAGACAUACUUAGAAGUAGUAAAAAUGUUCGAAGGCCGGGACAACAGGAGACGGGGUCAUGUCGAGUUUAUAUACGCUGCUUUAGCAAGAAUGAAGGAGUUUGGAGUGCAAAAAGAUCUAGAAGUAUAUAAAGCCUUAAUUGACGUGUUACCCAAAGGAAAGUUUAUACCCAAAAAUAUAUUCCAAGCAGAAUUUAUGCAUUAUCCGAAACAGCAACAGUGUGCAGUAGACCUAUUGGAACAAAUGGAGGACAAUAAAGUGAUGCCAGAUACAGAAAUGGAGCAGAUGCUGUUAAACAUAUUUGGUGCCCGAGGUAUACCUCUUCGCAAGUUCUGGCGCAUGAUGUACUGGAUGCCUAAGUUCAGAAACCUAAGUCCUUGGUAUUUACCUGAACAGCUGCCUAAUGACACAACUGAGUUAGCUAAACUUGCUAUACAGAGGAUAACUUCUGUAGAUCCAGACACCAAAGUUGAAGUUUGGCAGACAGAAGAAAUAGAAGCUUCAUUAGACAAGACCUGGGUAGUCAGUGCUCAAAGUGAAGCUCAGAAGAUACUCCUAGCAGACCAGCCAACUGAUGACCCAUUGGUUGUGAAGGGACCAUUUAAUAUCUACUUGAGAGAACAAGUAGUAAAUUAUUUCUUACUUAUUGGGAAAAUAAGACCAGAAAUCAAAGAUAACACAGAUCCUGAUGGUAACUAUAUAAUUCCAACAUUUUAAAUACAGUUCUUAAAUUAAAUAAGUGCUAAUUUUGUCUCAUUCUAAAUUUGAUCCUUUAGAAAAUCUUUGUUUUAUUAUUACCUACAUAAAUAGAUAUUCUCUUUCUUCAGAUGUGUCCAAGAUAGAGAAACCUCUUGGGAUUCCUGGGCUUAUAGGUAGUACAACACUACCAGCAUUGAGGCAAACAGUGCAUGAACAAGAUGAUGGUACAAUAGUAUCAGUCUGUGCUACAGGUGAGAUAUAAAGAAAGGAAAUAAUCAAAGAAAGAUAA